GCGUUCCCAUUCCCACCCUGGUCUGGUAUAAGGACUCUGUUCCCCUCAGCAAGCUGGAAAACCCCCGCUACAAAGUACUGCUGAGUGGUGGGCUCCGGAUCCACAGGCUGCAUCCUCAGGAUGCUGGAAUCUUCCAGUGUUUUGCUAGUAAUAAAGCUGGGGAGAUACAGACGUACACCUACCUGGAUGUGAACAAUAUUAAACCAGCAUUUAUACAGCCUCCAGAGGAUACCACUGUCACGGAGGGGAUGACUGCAGUGCUAACAUGCGAAGUUUCAGGGGCUCCAAAACCUGCCAUCUCCUGGAAGAAAGGAAGCCAGAUCUUAGCCAGUGGCUCAGUUCAGAUUCCUCGGUUCAUUCUUCUUGAAUCUGGGGGGCUCCAGAUAACACCCGUUUUCCUUCAGGAUGCUGGCAAUUAUACUUGCUGUGCAGUCAACACUGAAGGAGCUCUGAAUGCUUUUGUGAUGCUGACAGUGUGGAAUCGCACUGUCAUUGUUCACCCUCCUGAGGAUAGCACUGUGAUCAAAGGAACCACAGCCACUCUACGAUGUGAAGCAACUCAUGAUCCUAGAAUUUCAAUCAGGUAUCUUUGGAAGAAGGACAGUGUCGUAAUAAAUCCAUCCAGCACUUCCAGGAUCACAGUAGAGAAGGAUGGCACCCUCCUCAUCAGCCAGACAUGGUCAGGUGACAUUGGAGACUAUACCUGUGAGGUCAUUUCUUUUGGAGGAAAUGACUCCAGAAUGGCUCGACUAGAAGUGAUCGAGCUGCCUCAUUCCCCUCAGAAUCUUCUGGCCACUCUAAAUUCCUCAUACAGCCGCAGCGUGAUGCUCUCCUGGGUGCGCCCCUUUGAUGGAAACAGCCCUGUUCUCUACUACAUGGUCGAGCUCUCCGAGAACAAUUCUCCCUGGAAGGUUCACCUCUCAAACCUUGACCCGAAGAUGACCGGUGUCACUGUGAGUGGACUAACUCCAGCCAGAACCUACCAGUUCAGGGUGUGUGCUGUUAACCAGGUGGGAAAGGGCCAGUACAGCUCUGAGACCAGCAGGUUGAUGCUACCUGAGGAGCCCCCUAGUGCCCCGCCUAAAAACAUAGUGGCCAGCGGGCGAACCAAUCAGUCUAUCAUGGUGCAGUGGCAACCUCCUCCUGAGAGUGAACAUAAUGGAGUUCUUCAUGGGUACAUCCUAAGGUAUCGCCUGGCUGGCCUCCCUGGAGAAUACCAGUAUAAGAACAUCACCAGUGCAGAAAUCAACUACUGCUUAGUGAAAGACCUGAUCAUUUGGACCCAGUAUGAGAUCCAGGUGGCAUCUUACAAUGGAGCUGGGCUGGGAGCAUUCAGCAGACCUGUGACAGAAUACACUUUACAGGGAGUGCCUACAGCUCCACCACAGAAUGUGCAAGUCGAAGCUGUGAACUCGACAACCAUCCAGUUCCUCUGGACCCCUCCACCCCAACAGUUCAUCAAUGGUAUUAACCAAGGAUACAAGCUUCUAGCAUGGCCAGUGGAUGCUCCAGAGAUUGUGACUAUAGUCACCAUUGCUCCGGAUUUUCAUGGUGUUCAUAGUGGCUGCAUCACCAACCUGAAGAAAUAUACUACUUACUAUACAUCAGUUCUGUGUUUCACCACCCCUGGCGAUGGACCACGCAGCACACCCCAGCUCCUGCGUACCCUUGAAGACAAGCCAGGAGCAGUGGGACACCUGAGUUUUACUGAGAUUCUGGACACAUCUCUCAAGGUCAGCUGGCAAGAACCAGUAGAGAAAAAUGGCAUCAUUACAGGGUACCAGAUCUCCUGGGAGGUGUAUGGCAGGAAUGAGUCUCGUUUUGCCCGCACACUGCCUAACACCACGCUGGAGUACAAGAUCACAGGGCUGUCAUCACUCACCACCUACACCAUUGAGGUGGCAGCUGUGACUGCAAAAGGGAGCGGAUGGGUCACGUCUUCCACCAUCUCUUCUGGUGUGCCCCCAGAACUUCCAGGUGCUCCAUCCAACCUGGUGAUUUCCAACAUCAGCCCUCGCUCUGCCACGCUUCAGUUCCGGCCAGGGUAUGAUGGCAAAACCUCCAUCUCCAAGUGGAUAGUCGAAGGCCAGGUUGGUGUACUGGGUGAUGAAGAAGAGUGGGUGAGCCUUCGUGAGGUUGAGAAUGAACCUGAUGCUCAGGUGCUGGAGGUACCAAACCUUACUCCUUAUACUCAUUACAGGUUCCGGAUGAGGCAGGUGAAUGUGGUGGGCCCUAGCCCACUGAGCCAACCCUCCCGUGUCAUCCAGACGCUGCAGGCCCCACCAGACAUGGCCCCGGGGAGCGUCACCGCGCGCACGGCCAGCGAGACCAGCCUCCGGCUGAGAUGGGUGCCCCUCCCCGACACACAGUAUAAUGGCAAUCCAGAGUCAGUGGGGUACAGGAUAAAGUUCUGGCGUGUGGAUGUGCAGUCUCCCACCCUGAUGAAGGUUAUUAAUGAUCGCUUGGAAAGAGAGUGCACGAUUGAAGAUCUGGAGGAGUGGACAGAGUAUGAACUGCAGAUCCAGGCUUUCAAUGCCAUUGGGGCAGGACCAUGGAGCGAAGUAGUGAGAGGUCGUACGCGGGAGUCCGUUCCCUCUGCUCCUCCUGAGAACAUCUCUGCUGAAGCUGUGAGUUCAACCCAGAUCCUUCUGACAUGGACUGCAGUCCCUGAGCCUGAGCAGAACGGUCUCAUCCUGGGUUACAAGAUACUUUUCAAAGCAAAAGAUUUAGAUUCUGAGCCAAAGAGCCAAGUAGUAAGAGGUAACCACACUCAGUCUUUCCUGCUGUCUGGCUUGCGGAAGUACGUGCUCUAUGAGAUCCAGGUACUGGCAUUCACUCGUAUUGGAGAUGGAGUCCCCAGCUCUCCUGCAGUUAUAGAAAGAACAAAGGAUGAUGCCCCUGGGCCACCUGUGAGGCUGGUGUUCCCCGAGGUGAGGUUGACAUCUGUACGGAUCGUUUGGCAGCCGCCAGAGGAGCCCAAUGGAAUUAUUCUGGGGUAUCAAAUCGCUUACCGUCUGGCCAGCAGCAGCCCGAACAAAUUCACAACGGUGGAGGUUGGCUCAACAGUCAGGCAGUUUACUGCUACAGAUCUCACCCCUGAGUCAGCAUACAUCUUUCGGACAUCUGCCAAGACCAGGCAGGGCUGGGGGGAGCCUCUGGAAGCCACAGUGAUCACUACAGAAAAAAGAGAACGACCAGCACCUCCCAGGCAGGUGAUGACCCCCCAGGGUGAUGUGACAUCACGGAGUCUGCUGUUGACAUGGGUCCCUGGAAGUGAUGGAUCUUCACCAAUACGAUACUUUACAGUACAAGUGCGAGAACUGCCAAAUGGAGACUGGCAAACCUACUCCUCUUCCAUCAGCCACGAGGCAACCUCCUGCAUUAUUGAAAGCUUGAACCCCUUCACCUCUUACAAACUGCGAGUGAAAGCAACCAAUGACAUCGGAGACAGUGACUUCAGUGCAGAGACUGAGGCAGUCACAACUCUGCAGGAUGUUCCAGGUGAACCACCCAGUUCUGUGUUAGUAACUCCCCACACGACUUCAUCCGUCCUUGUGCAGUGGCAGCCACCCAAAGUGGAGAGUUUAAAUGGCUUGCUCUUGGGAUACCGGAUCUACUAUCGGGAGCUGGAUUAUGACACUGGAUCUGGAACAGAAACCAAAACCAUCCAGAGCCCUUCAGCUUUAAGAGCAGAGCUCACACCCCAAAGCAGCUUCAAGACAGUGAACAGCAGCUCUGCAUUAACGACGUAUGAAUUAACACAGUUGAAGAAAUACAAGAGAUACGAAGUAUUAAUGACAGCAUAUAAUGUAAUUGGUGAGAGCCCUACCAGCACACCAGUGGAAGUGUUUGUGGGUGAAGCAGCACCAGCGCUGGCCCCACAGAACAUCCAAAUAAACUCCCUUUCUGCAAGCCAGUUGGAGCUCACCUGGGACCCACCUCCAGCUGACAGCCAAAAUGGGAACAUCCAAGGCUACAAGAUUUAUUACUGGGAGAGCGACACCCAGAAUGACACAGAGAAAGUGAAGGUCCUUUUCCUCCCAGAGACAACUGUCCGGCUCAAGAACCUGACCAGCCACACGCGGUACAUGGUCUGCAUCUCCGCGUUCAACGCAGCCGGGGAUGGCCCCAGGAGCAGCCCCUCACAGGGCAGGACGCACCAGGCGGCACCUAGUGCUCCCAGCUUCUUGGCAUUCUCUGAGAUCACUUGCACUACACUCAAUGUGUCUUGGGGCGAGCCGACAGCAGCAAAUGGAGUCCUGCAGGGUUAUCGAGUAGUCUAUGAGCCCUUGGCUCCCAUCCAGGGAGUAAGUAAAGUGGUGACUGUGGACAUUAAAGGGAACUGGCAACGCUGGUUGAAGGUCCGAGAUCUCACUAAGGGUAUGACCUAUUUAUUCAAAGUGCAAGCCCGAACCAUUGCCUAUGGACCUGAACUGCAAGCCAACAUCACAGCUGGGCCAGCAGAAGGGUCUCCUGGCUCCCCUCAGGAAAUUCUGGUGACAAAAUCUGCUUCUGGGCUGACACUACAAUGGACUGAGGGAGAUUCAGGAGAAAAACCCACAACUGGCUACAUUAUAGAGGCACGACCCUCAGAUGAAGGUCUGUGGGAUAUGUUUGUGAAGGACAUCCCUCGCAGUGCUACCUCCUACACCGUUGGCCUGGACAAACUCAAACAGGGUGUGACCUAUGAAUUUCGGGUGGUGGCUGUCAAUGAAUUUGGCUAUGGAGAGCCCAGUGUUCCCUCUGUGGCAGUAUCAGCACAAACAGAAGCCCCUUUCUAUGAGGAGUGGUGGUUUCUGCUGGUGAUGGCACUCUCAAGUCUGAUCCUCAUCCUCCUGGUGGUGUUUGCAUUGGUCCUGCAUGGCCAGAGCAAGAAGUACAAGAACUGCAGCACAGGUAAAACCAUCUCCAAUGUGGAAGAGUCGGUCACGCUGGAUAAUGGAGGCUUCACUGCUCUGGAGCUCAACAGCAGACACCUGAUCAAGAGCACCUUCUCAAAGAAAAAUGGAACCAGGUCUCCUCCUCGCCCAAGCCCAGGGGGGCUGCACUACUCUGAUGAGGAUAUCUGCAACAAGUACAAUGGAGCUGUGCUGACUGAAGGCUUGGGCCUCAACGAGAAGCCCUUAGAGGUGUCGGAGUCAGAGGCCACUGACUCAGAUUAUGAAGACGAGUUGCCAAAGCACUCCUUUGUGAACCAUUAUAUGAGUGACCCCACGUACUACAACUCAUGGAAGCGGCAGCAGAAAGGUGUGAAGCACCCAGCGUCCUACAGAUACGAGGAGUGCGCCGCCAGCGAGACAGAACCCUAUUUCCAGACUGUCAUCACAACACAGAGCUCAGGAGGGGUGUACACCCCAACAGGGCAGCCCGCGCCCGGCUCCCGGACUCCAGUGACAGGGUUCUCCUCCUUUGUUUGA